CUUCGCAGAUUCCCUCUACCAAGUUCCCCCCUCCCCUCCCUUAUUCACCACCUCCUCCCCGUCGCGAUGAUGUCUCAGUCUCUCAGAGCGUCGCGCUCGCUCUUCUCCCGCGUUUCUCGCCAGCAGGUUUCUUCUGCCUCUCGCCGCACUUUCCUGACCUCCGCCGUCCGUCAGGCCGACCCCGUUCAGGAGCUGUACCUCCGCGAGCUCCGCGCCUACAAGCCUACCCCCGUCAAGCCCGGUGACGCCGAGGCUCACGUCCAGAAGUUCGCCGUUCCCGCUGCUCCCAAGUCGCCCGAAGAGGCCAACCUCGCCAACGAGCUGAAGUCCUACGAGAGCCAGGAGGUUGAGGUUGAGGGCCAGGCUGCCGCCGGCGAGGCCGCCCCCGCCGAGGAGAGCUGGUUCGAGGAGGAGCCCGAGGAGGAGGCUCAUGCCCACUAGGUUUAUUCUUUUGGUCCUACUGGCAAGGUCUGGGAAAACCACGUCGGGAUUUUAUAGGAUAAUGGACAUGAGACCGGACGACGUCUCCCAUCGGCCUUGAAGAAAAGUCCUGAAGGAACUUUGUAAAUUAAACCUACUUUGGAGGAUAUGAAUUUUUCCUUUUUCUCGUACAUU